AUGGAUUACGCGCCGUCCAGUUCGACUUCCGCCGCCGGCUCUUAUGUACCUGCACCCCCUAUCCCCCGACAAUCCCAUCACCGAUCAGAACGGAAGCCGUUUCGAGUUGACGCUCGCAGUAAUGGUGUCGAUGGCGGUCGCACUCAUCUCACUCCCGCCUCCCCAGAAGUAAUUUCCUCGUUGAUCACAAGUUUAUCCGUCAUCUCCCAACCCGCCAACAACCUCUUCGAGAACCAGAGCCUGGGUGCGCUCUCCUUACCCACUUCGCCUGGGCAAGGAAGCUUCGGCGUUGAUUACGGUGCAUACAGAUCCCCCUCCCUCAGGAUCAAGCAGGAAGACAUUCCUCUUGACGAACUGGCAGCAAGCCCGCCCAUCAUCCGCACAGCGCCUCCCCCAUCCGGCCUCUCCCCAUUGACCGCGCCCAAAUCGCCAAGAUCCCCGCAUCGCGAGUCUUCCGGUGGGCUCAGGUCCCUCUUGCGAUCGUCGCGCCCCUCGUCCAGAGGCUCUGCAUCUUCGUCCCAGGAUGAUACGAGGAGCAUCGGCAACCUCUCCAUCGAAAGGGGACUACCUACACCAGAAUUGCAGCGCAAGGGAUCACACGAUAGCUGGGGCAGGAAGUCGGGUCGCAACUCCAAGGGGCUCAUGUACAUGAGCUCGAAGGAGAGACUACGUGCAACUGAAGCUGAGCGCAAGCGUUCAAGCUUUGGGGCCGCCGGACCAGGCUUUGACUAUUUCGGUGGCGCAUUGUCACCACGGCAGGACCCCUCUCUCGUGGAUACAUCCAUUAGCGAAGAACCGGCGAACCUUGAUUUGGCCACGAGGGAUAAGUUCCCGGAAAGAAGCUCAUCUCUCGACCAAAGUCAACAAAGACCAAUUCCCGUGCGAGAUUCCUCUCUGCGUAAGACGGGAUCAAAUGCGAAGAGGUCUUCUCACCGAUCGACCAAAUCGAAGAGGGAUAGCGAGAACGGUGUCAACGACAGCAUACCAGAGACCGAAGAGCACGAUCGGUCUUACGACAUGUCUUCAUCGGCACGGCGGCAGCCAGUACGGUCCGCCUCGGAAGCCGACACCCGGAAGUUGAGCGAGGGUAUUCUACGAUCAGAAGCCCGAAACUCGAGCAGACUAAGUGCAUCGACCAGCAUGGCCUCGCAGCAUGCAAAGAGUAUGAAUGACGGCAAAGACACAUUAGAAGAGCUCGACGAUGGCGCACCAUAUCCAGCUGUCGCCUCUAGCAGGCGCAGAAGCACUCGCAGCGCUGAAAGGAGGAAAUCAGGGCGUACAACACCCGAACCAGCGGAUGCACUCAAGACGAAACGAAGCAGCUCUGGUCUCAAGCGAUUAUCAGCCGGCCUCAAGAUUGCCGAAGAAGAAAGACCGGGUCCAUCUCCAGAACCAAGUAUUGGUCAGGACAGGCCAUUGAGCACUGAUUCGGUGGACGAUGCAGUCGAGUCUUACCUUUGCUCACCACGUCUGUCUCAGAAGAUUAAGCACCCACAAACAGGUAGAGUCAUCUCGUUUUCUGAGGUUGGUGAUUCGGAGGGGUCAGCUGUGUUCUGCUGUGUCGGCAUGGGAUUGACGAGGUACAUCAUGGCAUUCUAUGACGAGCUUGCUCUGACGCUGAAGCUACGAUUGAUUACGCCGGAUCGUCCUGGUGUAGGUGACAGCGAGCCAUAUGCAGAUGGUACAGCCACUCCUCUGAGUUGGCCUGACGAUGUUUACGCCAUCUGCCAAGCAUUGAAGAUCACCAAGUUCUCCAUACUAGCUCACUCAGCAGGUGCUAUCUAUGCUCUCGCAACAGCACUGCGCAUGCCACAACAUAUUCGAGGGCGCAUCCACCUACUCGCACCGUGGAUACCACCAUCACAAAUGAAUGUCUUUGGUGCGUCGCAGGCGACGCCGCCAGCCAACGCUAUUCCUACCUCUCAAAGAAUCCUUCGCGCGUUACCAACCCCCUUUCUCAAGGCAGCAAACAGCUCGUUUAUGACCGCGACAAGCAGCUCCAUCACAAGCUCCCUGCCAAAGGACAAGAAGCGAUCCAAGAAACGAUCAUCGGCUGCAACUUCAGGACGUCGCGAUGUGACACCCACACCUGACAAAGAGAACAUACCCCACGACGUGUUAGAAAAUGGCGGCAAGUCAGCGCCUUUGCCAACCGAGAAUAUGGACCAGAUCCGGCCUGAGGGUUCUGAUUUCGAUCGCUCGCAAAGUGCUGUGGCCAAUGCAGGCACAGAUGCCUUUGCGGACAAGGAGCGCCAGAUGACGUACGAUACCCGGCUUACCUACGCAAUCUGGGACCUUGCAACAACCGGCGCGAACCCUGCCGUGGACCUUCUGAUCUGCCUUGAACGGCGCCAUACCAUCGGUUUCCGCUAUGUGGAUAUUACACGACCAAUUGUGAUUCACCACGGAAGCAAGGACAAUCGAGUCCCGGUGGAAAAUGUAAAAUGGCUUGGUAAGACGAUGCGCAAGUGUGAAGUCCGUGUGCUCGAAGGCGAAGGCCAUGGUCUCAUGGCCAGCGCAAUGGUCAUGGGCAACGUGCUCAUGGAGAUCUCGAAGGAAUGGGAGGAUUGGAAUAGGGCCACCGGCACUCAACGGGAAAGAGGAAGAAGUUUCCGGGCUGGCGUACGAUGA